GGAACUUCGAGAUAGGUGGUUAGGGGGAUUCCCCAGUCUGCCUCCAGAAAUAUCACUCCAGAAGCAGUAGCAGUUUCAGUCUGCUCUCACAGUCUGUCCUGUGAAGAGGCACGCUGCUGUUGCUCUGUCACUUGAAGCAGCAAAAGCCAUGUCUUCAAUGGUCUGUGCUCUGCUCAUUGUCGUGUGCAACGUUUGGUGCUUGAUCCACGGGGCUUCUGUGGCAGUCCCUGAUGUUGCUGUGAGAUGUGCCGAAGAAGUGCUGCUGCCCUGUAAAGUUCUUUGGGACUCCUCUGUCACCUACCAGAGAGCAUCUUGGUAUAAAAUGGCGGGAGAUGGCGAAGGAAUAACAUGGAAAGCCCUUGAUGUGGAAUCUCAUUAUCCAAGAGAACUCAGAGGGUCCCUGGAGCUCUCCAAUGACACCUUCUUUUCACUGAGGAUCAAAAAUGUGACCAGCCAAAACAGUGGGACAUAUAAGUGCACACUGGGGAAACAGAGUGGAGAACACAAUCUGAGCAGCAUAGUCACGUUAAAAGUAACAGGUUGCCCUGGAAUAGAAAACGAAAAAUUAAAAAAGUACAAAGCUGAGCUUUUCAUGCUGACUUGUCUCGGGAUUUUUUAUUUGCUGCUCAUCUUUUUUACCUGUACAUGCCUAAGAAAAGAGAGUAUGUCUCUCAAUUAUCAAAAAACCAGACCAGAUAUGAAACACGUGCUCACCGUCAUCAAUGUACAUGAAAUGUCAAGUGUCCAGGAUUCAAACCAUGACAGCUCUUGCAAAAAUGGGCUUACUUCAAGUUCUGUCUGAGCUGAUGUUGAUGGCACCAUGGGCUCAUCAGUAAACAUGACACAAGCUGGAUGGCCGAGUGGUACGUAGAGGAAAUAAAUGCUAAUAUACAGCCUCUUCAGAACAGCCUGAAAGCAUAGGUAAUCCAUCACUGAACUGCUUGUGCUGGACAAGCCUUCGAAAAGCUCCAUUAUGCACUACAGUAACUUUUGGGAGUUUGGUAGCUAAGAAAUACCAUUACAGCUACACAAUGGUGUUAGUAUGCUGUUAUGAAGUUGAUAUCAACUUUAUUUUAGUCCGCUGUGAAGCCCCCUUAUCCCGAGCAAGAAUGCUCCUGUGAGACGAAGACCAGCUUAUAAGGAGGCCAUGGCAAUGCAAAGCUGGUUAAUUAAGCCCUUCACUGAACUAAUAGCUCUCGUCUUUCAAAAGCAAACUCAACAGGUGCUGCAGUAUGGAAAGUGAAGUGUGUGGGGCUGUGUCUGCUCCAAGCCUGAUUCUGGAUGGAGUUCCUUUACUGGAAACAGUUUGUAACUUGUCAUGUGAUGUUCAAGUAAGCUGAAGAGGUAACUUCAUACUCUUAUCCCGGGUGGAUCGAAUCAACAUUCACUUUCAAAUCUCAGAGUGACAGACAAGCUGAAAUGUAAGGGAGAUAAUAUUCUAGAAGUCUUUCUGUACUGAGAGGAACUUUCUAUCUCUUCAAGAGGAGUUGGGACACAUUUCCCAGAGGCAUCUCUAGUUAGGUCAAUACAUAGGAAGCUUCAAUGAGGCUGUUAACCUUAAAGCAACAAAAAUAAGAAUGAAGCAGCCAGUGACAUUACAGUCAUGUGAAGAUAACUUAUUUUGUGGUUUAUAAAACUUGAAGUCGAAUGUAGGUGACACCUAUGUCAGUCAAGUUACAUGACUGAUAACCAAAGCCAUGGCUCGGAAGAAAUCAACUGUUCAUAUCUUUGUGAUGACACAGCCGUGAGACAUAGGAAUGGGAGAUGAGACAGAUGAGCACCUGCUUUUGAUGUUGACAGUGUGUAGUAAGUAUGAAGCACGGACAUGAGAAAAACUGGACUCAGGCAUACAAUAUAAGGGAGAGAAGGCUUGUCCUCUUGGACAAAAGAAAGCAAGAGAGAUUCUGGAGUCUGAAAUCAAGGACUUUCCCUUAUCAGGCUGCUGGUUCUGAAAGCAAAGAAAGAGGAGUCUAGAGUGACUGCAGGUGUUUAGACUACAACAUAAGAAUUUGAGCCAAAACACGAAAAUUUGCAAGCACCUAAGAACACAAUCUUUAAAAAAAAGUUCUUCAAGAGUAUAACCACAACACUGGGAUUUUUAACACUGUUUGGAAUUCCAGGCUGUGACAAGGCAGCUCUCUCUGCAAUCCUUUGACUGAUUUUAAAGCACUGAUGGUGGGAAAGCACUGUGCAUCCUCCUUAUCGCCUCUGUGAGCAUGGUAAAUGUCUCCAUUGAUGGAGUUCAAGGGGCUCCUGACCAGAAGAAUGGUUACAAGGGAUAUGCAGUUUACUUAGAGCAUGGUAAAUUAAUGCCACAUUUGCUUUUUUAUAAUCAAUUUUUACAUAUAGAUGUGUGUAACAUACUUGAAAUAAAAAUUCAAACGUAA